AUGAAAAGAACCGCAUGGAAGCUUACAAAGAUUGCAUCUGGAAUUUUGCAUGCUCUUAAUGAUGUAUGGAACAAUCCUGCAUUCGGUCCUGAGUUUGCAAAAUUGCAAAACGAAGGUAUUUACGUGACCAACGUAAUAGUACCUGCCAUUCAGGCUUCAUUAAAGGAUCUUCCUUUAGGAAAGUCUACCUUUGUCAACACUUCUGCUAGUGCAGAUAGAAGAGAUGAAGGACGAUCAGGAAGACGGUCCGAUAUCAUGUUUAAAGAUAUAGACGAUGAAAUAAAGUUAUGGCGUGAAGCCAAUGAUGGAAUGUAUUGGACUCACAAAUCUUCUAGGCCCAGUCAAGUAGAAUUCUGA